AUGCGUUUUGCUGAAGUUUCCCGAUUAGAGAAUAACAAUAAACCGCUCCCACGUUCAGGUCAUCGUGCUGUUGCUACCGAGUCAGAUUUCUGGAUAUGGGGCGGUUACUUUCCAUCUUUUAACCAUCAACAGCAACCAAUGUCUAACGAAGUAUGAAUUAAAAUACUUUGCUGAUUAAUCAAUUUUAUCCAAUUUUUUUGUUCAGUUUU